AUGAAUAACGAAAUCUGAGUGCCUAAAGAACAGUAAACACACUAUACAGAGCUUACCGAUCUGGGAAGAGUCGAAGCAAGAAAAUGAUCGGAGUAGGGAAGAUGAAGCAGUACACAAAUGUCUUAGAAAGACCCCUCAGUAAGGGCAAACAAGAGGUCAGUUUGAGUGGUUUUGCAUUCUUGUUUUCCGAGCUUGUUCAGUACAAUCAGACCCAAGUGGACAACAUUACUGAAUUAGAGCGAAGGUUAGAGGAUGCUGGAUAUGCUGUUGGAGCACGGAUUUUGGAACUCCUCUGCCAUAGAGAAAAGGGAAACAGAAGGGAGACACGACUACUGGGUAUACUCUCGUUUGUGCACAGCACAGUAUGGAAGGUUUUGUUUGGGAAGGUUGCUGACUCGCUUGAGAAAGGAACUGAGCAUGAAGAUGAAUAUAUGAUUAGUGAGAAGGAGCUCCUUGUCAACAGAUUCAUUUCAAUACCAAAAGAUAUGGGUGCAUUCAAUUGCGGAGCUUUUGUUGCGGGUAUUGUAAGGGGAGUUCUGGAAAAUGCAGGUUUCCCAGCGGUUGUGACAGCUCAUUUCGUCCCUGUGGAGGGGCAGCAGCGACCGCGGACAACAAUUUUGAUUAAAUUUGCUGAAGAGGUACUAAGAAGGGAAGCCAGACUAGGUUGAUGUUUAUUUAUCGUCAUAUUUGGUGCAAAUUUCUCGAACGACAUUAUGGUGAGAUGACAAACGAAAAUUCCUAAGAAGAUCCAAUGCCAUUUUGGCAUUAUUGGCAAUAGUGGAUUUGUGUUAACACAUUCUGAGGUUCACAAGAAGCAUUUUUCUAUUUGGUGUAAAAUAUUGCAAUUCAAACUGUGAGUUCUGGAAAUUACAUGUUAACGAGCUGUUGGUGGAAAGUUAUUUGGCCUAAUUCGAGUUGGAGAGGUCACUGUUGUUUUAGCUUUGUAAAAAAUUUCAAAUAUAUCUGGAAAAAUUGUUUUUGCUACAUUAUCA